AUGGCCUCUUGGUUCUUUUCGUCAUCUACCCCUAGCAUUGACGAAUACGUCCUCAAGGCUACUGCAGAAACCUUGCCUACAGGCGAGCAGGACCUUGCACUCAAUUUGGAAAUCUGCGACCUCAUCCGCUCAAAAACAGUCCAGCCUAAAGAUGCUAUGAGAGCCCUUAAACGCAGACUACUCCACAAGAAUCCUAAUGUUCAAAUUGCUACUCUUCACCUUACCGAUGUUUGUAUCAUGAAUGGUGGCAUGCACUUUCUAGUGGAAAUCGCGUCUCGCGAGUUUAUGGACACAGUUGUGCUUGUUCUUAAACCAAUCUCAGGUACACCCAACUCAGACGUUAAAGCCCUUGCUCUUGAGUGUAUUCAAAACUGGGCCAAAACUUUUGAAGGCCAACUCCAACUUGAAUACGUUGGGAAAGUUUACCGUCAACUUAAAGACGAGGGGUUUGCAUUCCCACGCGCAAAAACUACUCUUAACUCAACUUUUAUUGACACGGCUGCACCUCCAGAAUGGGUGGACUCCGACACAUGUAUGAAGUCUGGUACUCCUUUUUCGUUUGUUAAUCGCAAACAUCACUGCAGAAACUGUGGUGGCGUUUUCAUCCAGAAAUACUGUAACAAUUAUACCCCACUGCCACACUUUGGCAUUAACCAACCUGUCCGCGUGUGCGACGAUUGUAAUGAGAAACUUACAAAGGGCUCCAAAGGCCAUAAAGAACCAAGAGAUCACCAGAACAAUGAGCCAACAUCAACUACUCAUAGACAGGCUCCUAUCAUUGAUGAGGAAGAAGACGCUGACUUGAAGCGUGCUUUGGAACUAUCUUUAAAGGAAACUCAAGGUUCCUCCAGACCUUUACCAAGUACUCAGCCCACUCCAGCACAAGUCCCUCAAAGUACCAGCAAUAAUUAUGACGAUGAAUUUGACGAAGAUAUGAAGGCAGCAAUCGCAGCAUCUCUACAAGAAAUGAAGGGUGAAGCUCCAUCGACAACAACAGGAACAACAACAUCUACGGCUACAACAGCUGCUCCAGCAUCUCUGAACUCUACUUCAACAAUCACACGGCCCAGCUGGGAACUGACCCAACUCGAAGCUGAUAAUAUCAACAUGUACUCCACGCUUGUCGAAAAACUUCAAAACGCACCUCCCGGUGCCAUUCUUCGUGAAGGGAAGCUUCAGGAUCUUAAUGAAAGUAUCGGCGCUCUACGACCUAAACUAGCACGUACGCUUGCAGACGCAGUGACCAAAUAUGACCGGCUUGUUGAUAUGAACUCGAAACUGACUACAGCUAUGCGGUACUAUGAUAGACUAUUGGAAGAUCGGUUGUCGUAUGCAUAUGGACGGUAUUCUAUAGGAGCAGGAUUGACUCAGCAACAACCACAGUCACAAUCACAAUCUCAACCACAACUUCGACAACAGCAACAACAACCUCAACUGACAGGAUAUGGUCAAACUUAUACCCAGGGAUACCAGGGAUAUAUAUCGCCACAACAAACUGCAACAGGAUAUGCUCCAGGUGCUUAUGCUCCGUCAGCUCCGUCAGCUCCAUCAGCUCCAUCGGCUCCAUCGGCUCCAUCAGCUCCAUCAGCUCCGUCGGCCCCCUUAGCCCCAUCGGCACCAUCAGCCCCAUCGGCACCAUCAUCUUUCCAGCCUUCUUCCCCAUCAAUCUACCAAACUCAUCCUGUACCAUCGUACUCUACAUACCCAGGAUACUCUGCGCAAGCCACCGCACCAUCAUACGGCUACACUUCUCCUACACCCUCGGCUCCACCUGCCACUGUUCCUGCCACUGCUCCCGUGGUGGCUCCAGCUCCUGCACCGCCCAAAGAAGAAGCACCUCUGAUUGACUUGUAA